CAUUUGAUCGAAAAGCAUGGUGGCGAAAUAUGUGAUAGUGAAACCAACGCUGCCAUGGUUCUGACAGUAAUGACCUCCCUGGGGCGUAUUCGAAGACAUUUGAAGAAUCACCAGGUGAAAUAAACCCUAUAGACGAUUGCAUAAAAUUGAGAAGAAGAAAGAAUGCUCAUGAAUUCUUACCAGAUACCCAUAGUGAAUAUCGACUGGGUUAAAGAGUGUGAAAAAAAACAUGCACAACUUCCCAUGGAGCCAUAUUCACUUCAAAUGCCGCAUGUUGCACGUGAAGUGAACAAACCUUCGACUGAUACUUUGUUCCAAAAACUUUCUACACCGCAUAUACCACAAUUAAAUGACAUAUUGAAUCAACGUUUCUCUAAUAUGAAAGCAGAACCAUCUACUUCAUCUUCCAAGGAGGAGGAGGAGGAUACGACCCAAGAAACCGACUCUGAGAUGGACGACAAUGAUGGAGAGGACAUUGGCUUGGCUCCUGGUUUUAAUAACACAAAAUAUGAAUGCUUUCGUCCUACACCGUAUAGACCACGCUAUAACAAACAACUUGUGUCCUAUCUGGAGUUGCUGGAGGAGCAACGUGAACUUAACCAGGAAGAUAAAAAUGCACUCAGCUAUCGUCAUGCUAUUGCCGCUAUGAAAGCUUAUCCACGAGAAAUAAGAUCGUCAAAAGAGGCAGCCAAGAUUAUCGGUAUAGGCAAAAAGAUGACGGAGCUGGUACGGUUGUACCUUCAAACAGGGACUAUACCAGAAGCGAGCGAAUUGCUUCACGACGAAAAAUUCCUUACAUUACGCCUGUUCAAUAAAGUGUUUGGGGUCGGAGCAGCUACAGCCAAGAUCUGGUGGGACAUGGGUUAUCGCACUCUACAAGAAGUCUUGGACAAUGCCAAGCUAACAUCUAUAGUGAGACUGGGAAUUCAGCUUCUUCCUGAUCUGAUACAAAAAAUGAGUAGAGAAGAUGUAGAAGAGUUGGUGGCUCUUAUCGAUCGGGAAGUGGCUGCGCUGAACGUUGAAGGUUUUGUCAAACCCGUGGGAGGAUACAGACGAGGGAAAAUAGAAAACGGUGAUCUGGAUAUCAUUAUAUCCAGCCACCGCGAAGAUGGUACCGUUGGUUUACUGCGAAAUUUAACAGCACGAUUAGAACAAAAAGGUUUAAUCCAACACAUACUAUGGUUCUCGGCUGAUCGACCAAAGAAAGACGUGUCUGGAGAAGAUAACACAAUACGGAAGAAGAAAAGAGCAAUGGAUGAUUUGGAAAAAUGUUUUUGUGCCUUUCUACAGCCUUCCAAAUCGAUCCUCCGACAAGUGGAUUUGAUUGUUGCAACGCGUACAGAAUAUCCCACGGCUGUUCUCGGGUGGACGGGAUCUAGACAAUAUGAGCGCUCCUUGCGCGAUUACGCGAAAAAGGAAAAGCAACUAUCCGUUAAUAGUAACGGCAUUUUUACAGACACUGCACCUAAAAAGCGUAUUAAUGUGCAAUCUGAAGAAGAAGCUUAUGAGUUACUUGAUCUUCCCUUCAUGGAUCCCGUCAUGCGCAACUGUUAAAAAUACGGCUUCGUUUUUGCUUACAUCAAUGGAAUGGACGUUUAGUCAUUAGCAUGCUAUUAGAUAGAUUAUAUACGCCAGAAGCAAUACAGAAUUCAAGCAACCCUACCAUGCUUUUUAUCUAAG